GUAUAUGCGACAGUUUUACAUGGUCUACUUGUAGAGUACGGCAAUGCGUGGUACCUGGCACCUGUCCAUCUAUUCACGCCCGAUAAGAGCAGAUCCCAACAAACCUCACAUGCUUCUUGGCUCUAUAGGCACGAUACAUGUUCCAAUGGCGCCGGUAUUCGCUGCUCGCCAUGGAUCCUUCACGUUUCCACUGUCCGAGAUGUCUCGACAACAUUUGCCAUCACACACAUGACAUGGAAUUUGUCAAUCACCUCUCAAACAUCACAUCAGUCACACACGUAGAGUGCAACUGUGGCUUUGCACUGCUAUCGAAGAACUGCCCGAUCUGCGACGGCCACUACCACAGACCAUGCGUUCGCCUCUACUGUGUGAAAGGGCGUGCAUUAGCUUGAGGUGGACGCAACUCCGACACCCGGUCUCAACAGCAAACUUUACGCCGUUCAUGUCGACCCGAACCAUAGCAAGGAGUUGCUGCACCCGUCUGGGGAACCAAUUGCCCAAGGAUCGCCAUAUCGGAAUCAUCAGUUCAUCGCCGGACCUAGUCCUGGUCUCCAGAAGCAAUGUCUGUUGAUUGAACCGUUGAAUUUCACCUGUCGCCUGCGUUGCCUCACACGAAGAGCGAGAACAGGCAACCUUUCAGAAAACGG